AUGUUGCUCUCUCAAAAAGGACGUGCGUAUUCAAGUGCAGGGAAGAACAAAGAGGAAGAAAUUUACGCAAAUGUGAAAUGUUCCCCUGGUUCCCAGAAACAAAACAAGCAAAGGCCUGAAAACUCCAAGAACAAAGAAUCUACAGUUCGGUCUCCACGAUGUCUUAUGGCAGUGACUUUUGGGAUACUCUGUUUGGUUCUCCUGCUGAUAUCUGUGGUGUUGACUACCAAAUUUCUGCAGGAUUCUCAGAAAAUCAAGGAACAGCAUGGAAUUGGGAACAUGAGCCAAGAAAAAAUUAACUACACAAGUGAGAUAGAAAAUCUCAGAGAAGAAAUUGAAAACACAGGAAAUCUUUCCAAACUAUACUGUGAAAAAUGGUUUGUGGAUAUAGAGAAAAUUUACUGCUUUCAUCUUUCGUACUAUUCCUGGAAUGAGAGUAGAAAGUUCUGUGAAGAUAAAGGCUUCAGCCUUCUUAAAAUCAACCACAGAGAUGAACUGGAUUUUAUGAAAAAGAAUGUGUAUCAUACUCACUGGAUCGGAUUGUCCUAUGCCAGAGUUCUCAGGUGCUGGACAUGGGAAGAUGGCUCCCCGCUCUCUCCUGAUCUGAACCUACAGGAGCCAAGUCUAACCUCUCCCAUCAACUGUGGAGUGUUGGAAACCUCAAAACUAGGAGCUCGUGAUUGCAGCAUGAAAUUCCCCUUUGUUUGUGAGCAGAAGCAUAACAGAAUCAGAAGAAAGGAAGAUGGAAACUGA